AUUACAUGAUACCAGGUAAAGCAUAUGAUUUUGACAGUCUUAUGAACUGUAAAUUUAUGCUGCCUCAUGCUGCGCUGUUGCUGCUCAAUCGAUUGUGUGCAACGUUCAGGGUGGUUCAAUUCAUUUCUUGAGAACAAUUUUGAAACACUCUUAUACCACAUACACAGUCUGGGCAUGUUUGAAAAUUUACUUGCAACUUUCCAACUUGCAACGCAUUUGUAUUUAGCCUGUCGAAUAUUUCAUAGUUCACACACAAACUUACUUUAAAAUACUUUAUUUUUAGUUUAUCUCAUCAGAACAGAUAAUUGUCAAGUUUCUAUGGCUCUAAACUUAAACCACUCAAACCCUGAUACAAAGUGUAAACUAAAAAGGUUUCGAUGCACAAAUAUAUUUAAAAAAAUAACAUCGCCAUUUUAAGAGAUUAGUUAUGUAUAAAUUGAACAUAUAUAUAAUUAUGAAAAAGACAAUGUAUACAUCUGGAGCAACACGAGAAAAGGGCGGAUAAGCAUUUUGAUAGCUGGAACUUUUUCGCAAAUUACGAGCCAACAAGUAACUUUUGCACAAAACUCGAUGUGUUAAACAAUAGCUGGCCUUCCCAGCUACCUUCUAACGAUGCGGGUUUUGUUAAAUAGUUAACUGUUGUCUCGGAAUUUGCAAAAUAGUUCUAGCUGUCAAAAUGCUUAUGCGCCCUUUUCAAAUGUUGCUCCAGACAUUUAGCAUGAUAUUCGAAGAUAUUAUUAAACAUUUCUAGAAUGUUUAAACAUUUCACACAAUGUGUCAUCCAUUUAAUCAAAAUACAGCUUGUAUUUUAUUGUCUAAAACUCGAAGAAAGACAGUGAGCAAGCGAGUAAAUUUCCCUCGGUUUGUCUUGUUUGAUCUAGAGAUUGAGGGGGUGAUAGGUAUUUAUCUCCUAUGCAAUAGUUAAUUUUUCUCGACAACUUAUCUUCACAAAAUGGCUGUUGAUGCCUUUCGCACUUCUGAUCAAAAAUGGAUAACUCUAAAUAUCUGAAUGUUGUAUUUAACUGAGUUAUACAAUCUAUGGAUACCUACCGCAAGACAGUUCGGAAAAUGGAAAGUGAGAAAACUUGGUAAGCAUCUCGAGCACCUAGGCGAAUACGAAAUCACAUACACACACAAACAGACAUUUGUUCAGUUUUCGAUUCUGAGUUGAUAAGUAUAGAUGAAGGUGGGUCUACGAGCAUUCCAUGAAAAGUUAAUUUUUGAGCCUCAGAACCCCAGCGAGGAAGGCAAAAGCCUCUUACAAAGUCGACGAGGGUAAUGCACCCCUUUUGGGCCCUAAUGUGAAUCAAUGUACUUCUAUAUUUUUUUUUUGAAAAGGUCCUAUAAACAAAAUUUUCAAUGUUUGCUUUUUGGGGGUUUUAGGAACCGCAUUGAGUCAGGGGUAUUUAAACACACCCAAAUAGCAAAAAAUGAAAAUUUUGUUCAUAGGACCUUUAAAAAAGUAAAAGCAAAAAUCCAGAUUUGUUCGGUAAUGGAGAUGGUACUAAGGCAUGUACCGCCAGUUAGUGCAUAGUGGCAUAGAUAUCAGAAAUUCAUUUUAAAAGUAGUGUGUCCAUACGAAACUUAUGCCUUUGACAGAUGCCAGGCUAUGAUUUACCCAUUCGAAUUCUAAGGAAAGGGUAAUGUUAUCCAGCUACACAUCUACAAAAGACAUCCCCUUAAAAAUCCUUUUUUCUCAGGUUUGCAUAUUGCCCCUUCUCCCUCUUAUCACUGAUAACAGAUUUUUUUUGCAUAACGUUUUUGUGCAAAAAAAAAAAAAAAAAUUAUAAGAGAAUAAGAAGUAGGAUUUCGUUCGACUGAAGAUGGUUGCCUUUUUAUGCUGUACCACCCUAACAUUGAUUUCGCUACUCUGCUAUGCAUUGAUGGACACCGGCUGGAAACAGUGCCGAAGAAGUGGGUGGGUAGAUGGCAGUAGUCAAUGACAUGUGUGUGCGUACGCAGCACACCCUCUUAUUACAUUAUUGCUACGAGCAUAGAUCGCACCGCCACCACCCACUCGGCAGCAGCUUGGCGACCAAGUUUCUUUUUUCCGGAGAGUUAUUACGGCCGGUGCAGCGAGCUAUAUUUUCGAAAGUUUUGCAAUUUCUUGGAGAUUGUCUGGAGAUGUGCAACCAGGACCAUUCCAUCGAAUCGGUUAGCGUGGCCGACAGUGAAAAGUUUACCUAUCCGGUAAUUUUGAUUAAGGGUUCGCUGGGGAAUCGCUGCGAGACAGGUGAGCUGAAGGUGCAAAUCGAUAAUUACGACUGUCCUGUAUCGAAAGAUGUUCGGUUCAUCAACGAAAAGCGGGGCCAGUUUAAGGUGCUGCUUCGGCUGAAGGAAGGUGAAAAUCGAGUUACGCUGACCUACUGUAGUCGGGAGCUCGAGUUGAAUUUGUUUUUCGAGGAGUCUGAAAAUCCGCACCGGAUUACGCCCUUGUACAUAAUUUGCGAUGGGCACGAUGGGUGUUUCCAGUCAGAUACAGCGGAGAAUAGUAUUGAAAAAGCGUGUGCAAAAAUCACGUUGGGCAUUCAGCUGGUGCAAUCGCUGUACGCGGAAAAGAUGGCAGAGAAAUGGUCCAGUAGAAAGACGUUCACGAUUGCCGGCGAUUGUCUGCCGUUCCGGAGCUCGCUUCCAUUGCAGGAGUCCAAGGCGAUGACCGAUCAACAACUUUGGAACUUUUUCGCGAAGGAAAUUCUCCAAUCGGAGCUGUACACUUCUGAAAAGCAAAAGUUUAUCGGUUUCAUCAGUAGCACGUACUACGAAGGAAUCUCGGACAACGAUUUCUCGUACGAGAACAUCAAGCGAAGAACUACGGGCAACGUGGCACUGGGAGGGGGAGGUCUUGCACUGUUUGGAACCGGAUGUCUGUACACCUGGCCGGAUCGAUUGGACGGCAUUGUACCUGCGUUCCUGAACACGACUCUUGUUAAUCGAGAAUUGAUGAUGGACGACAGCAACUAUCGGUACACUUACGGAGGCUGCUUCGCGACCACGAUAGGUUCCGUUUGCCACGAGAUGGGCCACAUCUUCGAUCUUGGCCACACGAAGGAUGGCAUCAUGGGCUCCGGAUUGGACCACGUGAAUCGUGUGUUCACACUUAUAACAAACACGGAAGAUCUUCCGGACCGAGUUAUUGGGCGGGGAGGACCAACGCGUAAAUCGCUAAACAGCAAAUUGACUCAAAUCAAGCGGCCGGGCGAGUUUCUGCUCAAGUAUCAGCAGCAAAAGGAAAGUGAUGUUACGUACUUUGCAGACAACUGCGCCGUAACCCUGCGGUUCCACAAGUGGUUCAACUACAGCCCCAGUAGUAACGAUAACAAUUGUGAUACUAGGAUUAGCUUUAACUUUGUAACACGGAUUGUAACAAGCGUCCACUCGUUUCUAAAGUUGAUUGAGCUACGCGACAGGGUGGAUGGGAUGUUGAAGGUUUACUGGUCCUUCCUAGAGACCGACACCGACAACUUUCAGGUCGUGGACACCAUUCAGCUAGAUGGACUGACAUUAUUUGUGAUCGAUAGUUAUGGUAAUAUUUUAAAGCAAGAUUUGUAAGCAGGAGUCAAAUCGAACCCGAUUCUUAAUAAAAUAUGGCUUCCGUCGACAGUAGAGUAUGUAUUUAGAUAUAGUAAUAUAGCAAACGACCAAAGUCAUCGAAACGCGCUGUAAGCCGUUCACUUACAAUAGUCUUAUGUAUUGAAAAAUUAAACGUAAACCCAAAAACAACUUUUUAGGACCCCCUUGAGAGAUUUACAAAAUCUCCUCCAAAAUCUACUGUGUUCGAUUAGUGUGUAGCUAUAACUGCUUUGUCGAGCAAUAUUAAUAUGUUCGCUCAAAUAUGAAAGUUCAAAACUAGUCGAAGUAAAAGAAAUUCUCACACACGUUUAGUUCUAAGCUAUUUACACUAGUGAUGCCUGUACCUUUGAUUGCAAUAAAUAAAAUAAAAUGUGUGCACGAAU